CAGCUGGGGACCUUCUUGACGAAGUUGUCAUUGGGUGGGACAGCAUGAACGAGCCAGCAGAAGGGCUCAUCUCAUGGAAUGACCUCAAUGCGUAUCCGGUGGAACAGGGUUUCACACUCAAGUAGGGCACCGUUCCGUCACCAGCGCAGAGCUUCCGUCUCGGUAUGGGCCAGGGUGCAGACUCUUGACAACUACACUUUUGGCUCCAUGGGUCCAAAACGUGAUGGCAGUGUCACCAUCGACCUUAACGGUACGCUCGGUACUUGCGUACGGGCUUUGCACGAUGUAUGGGACGUGCAGAGUGGAUAUAUUAUGCAGCCGGAUUAUUUCGCACAUGUUCCAGGAACAGAAGCACCCGUACAUUUCCUGCGCGCUUUCUUCCUUCCCCAAUGUGCUCUUUACCUGAAGGCACUCCCCAUGUUUGCACAUCCUCCCCCGAUACCAGAAGAGAUAUUACAGGGCAGGGCAUGCUAUUCAACGCAUUAUUAUGAUGGCCUGACACUCGUUACACGCCACUGGAACUAGUUCAACGCUGAUGCCCUUGGUCUCCUGCGGGGAAAAUAUUCAACCCAAAUACAAGCUUUGUGCAUAGGUGAACGCGCCAUAUGGAACAGCCUUCAGAGCCAGCUCGGC